GAACUGGCUGCAUGGGGAGCAGUUGAUGCGCCUAUGUCGACCCACAUGUGUUAUUUUGAUAAUGGGUAUCUAGCGCCUUAAUAAGUAACACGGAAAUCAAUUUCAUUUUUUUCCGUAUUUAUAAUACUACUUCCAUACAAAUCUAACGGUCGCUACCAAACCCAGUUUAUAGCUAACUAGCUACUUACAUAAAUUGUGUGUAGCGCUGGGGUCCAUUAUUUAGACAGUGUUGCGACAGUUACAUUUUACCAUUCGUUGGCCAAAAAGUAAUCAACACAUUUAUUUAGCUUUGUGCGUAGAAUCGCCAAGAACCAAAUCCCGAGCCAUCUGCGAGACUGGGUCGCUGAUGAGCAGCAAACACCAUCAUCUGAGAGGGAGAUCAUGGAAUAAACAUGGCCCACAAUAGAAGCUUUUUUGAAGCUCUGGAUAGAUCAGAGGCCAGGCGAGAUGGAGGGUACAAGCAGAACUGGAGCUUUUCACUUUCUGGUGGCAGUGAAGAGGAGAGGAGACAUGACAGCACAUCAGUGGUGACCAUGGACGAGAUGGACGGACAGCAGCAGUCCUCUCCCGAUGGACAGAAGUCCCCGGCUAUGCGGCGCUUCUCAUCUGCGGAUCCUCUGAAAACAUAUGAAAACAGGGCGAAUUCAACUAACCACAUACGGGCUCUUAACAAAUAUUCCUUCACUACAAUGUCGCAGAGGCAUAACCGGACGGACUAUUUAAUUGUCAGCCCGACACAGUCUCAAGGUGUUGUUCUCCAGGGGAGACAGUUUCAGCACACCCACCGUGUUCCUGCAGCAGUACGAAAGUCUGUCCACAGCAGCCUUGACUUGAAGGAACGAAAAGACCACAGCACCACGCAACAGCAGAUCCAACCAGUCGAGGUAGAGAGCAUCAUCCUCACCUGCCCGGAGAGCCCAGACAAUGACAACUUGAUUAUCAAACGGCGUGUCCAGCAGCAGAGUCGGAAGGCCUUGCUGGAGGGCGGUUGUAGCUCUCCUACUGAGGUCCACACAGUGGAGCCUCUCCAUCCAAACGAUUACCUCACUGUGUGUGGCAAGUGCAACAAGUCAAGUGAAAACCACACCAAGUGUGAACACUGCGGGAACCUGUUGGCGCCCGAGGCCCUCCGCCAACCCACAGCCCUGCCGGCGUCCCCCGUGGCCAGAGCCCCCAUCCGACCCCACCCCAAUGCCCCCCUGCACCCCUCCCCGAGUCCCAACAGCCUGAGCAAGAGCAGCUUCUACGGGACGGCCUCAACGAUGAGGGUGCCGAAUCUGCGCAUGGACGCUGUGAUGAACCCGCCCGCCCCGGUUCGGGUCACCACGCGGGCCGGCCUCCUGUCGCCACACAACGGCAGACUCGCAGCUGGGGGCCUGGGGGCGAGCUGCUGCGCCGGGAAAGGAGGCGCUGGCAAGGGCAGGAGGACGACGGCUGCCAGGCAACAUGAGCUCAACGACCCUAUCGUGUUGUCCAGUGACGACGACGACGACGAGGAGGAGGAGGAGGCGGACCGCUCCAGCACGGGCAGCGUCAACAGGCUGGACAGCAUCUCCCCGCGGCCCGCGGACUCCGCCCACUCCUCGCCAGCCCCCUCGGGAGGCCGGGUGGAGGCGGCGGUGAAGAGCAGCGCGGAGGAGGAGCAGGAGGAGGUCAUGUCAGACUUCUGCGACAUCGACAGCAGAAUUGCGAUACCUAGGAGAAACCGUAUGAAAGAUCAGUUUGGAAACCAAAUACCUGAUGACUCCACACCCAAGAAAAAACAGAGGCUGUCUCCCAACAAGUUGGACAGCAUCAUACUCGACUGUAGGAGCGUGAGAGUGGGGACUCUACGCCGAAUGGUAACCAAGCCUGUCAUUUUCACAGCAGAUCACAUUCAACUUGAAACUGAAGGCCCAGAGAUCGACGCUCUGGAGAAGGUUCGCCUGCGAGCGUCCGAGCUGAUCAGCUGCGAGUGGUGCAACGUGAGGAAGCUGCCGGUGCUGUUCUUCCAGACCACGCCGGAAGAGUGUCUGCGGCUGCGCACCCAGCUGAAGAUGUCCCGUGACAAGGGAGGCCUGUGGUACGACUGUACGGGCAACGACUCGGAUGAGAAGUACAUAGUGCUGAUCUUUGAGAACGGUCUGUCAAUGCAUGAGCAGUUGAUUCUAGAGGAGAUCCUGUCUGAAAUCGGCCAGGCCAACAACAUCAGUUCAUUCCCCGCCAAACUGACAUUUGAUGAAGCUAAUAUCAGAUUGGUCAACUACAACAAAGCAACAAAAGAAAAGGUAAGCAGCGGUAAGAACAACGGCAGUAAAACCAACACGCCAGUUCCGGUUGCGCGGACACGCAUGAGCACUCGCCAACGGAUCAGCACGUUGUUUGACUACGACGACGACGAGGACGACGACAUGGCCGAGCUCCAACCCACCUUCACCGGACCAAUCAGGAAGUUGAUUGUCUACCCCCCUCCUCCAGCCAAGGGGGGCAUAUCAGUGACAAACGAAGACCUCCACUGCCUCAACGAUGGAGAAUUCCUGAAUGACGUCAUUAUAGACUUUUAUUUAAAAUAUUUGGUUCUAGAAAAGUUGAAAAAAGCAGACUCGCAGAGGAGCCAUGUGUUCAGCUCAUUCUUUUACAAAAGACUCAACCAGAGAGAGAGGAGAAAUGUCCCUGAUGCGGCUAACCUGCCGAUCCAGAAGAGGAAACACAACCGGGUAAAGACGUGGACCAGGCACGUGGAUCUGUUCCAGAAGGACUUCAUCUUCGUUCCCAUCAAUGAGUCAGCUCACUGGUACUUGGCAGUGAUCUGCUUCCCCGGCCUGCAAGGCCCCCGCUUUGAGUCCAACCCUCUUUAUCAGGCCCAGGAGCCGGUCCGGACUCAGGCUGUCCAACAGGGCAGCCCCCCAGACCACUGCCGACCACUCUCCCCAGAGCCUGACCACUGUGAGCCCCUGUCCCCGGGCCGGGAGGAACCCGUGGCCCCGUCAGAGAUGCCCCGCCUUACCCACAGUGGGCCUUCUGUGGAGGGACACCCCCACGACGAGCGGCCGGCUAGGCAGUCGCCCAGUCCCGAUGGGAGCAGCGAGCCUCCCAAGUCCUCUGGAGCCGAGGUCAGCACCCAGCCACAGUUCACAGACGGCUUGCACAGAAUCAGCGUGUGUUACGGAUCCGGUGGCGACACCGGCGAUGACACCUACACAUUUUCCGAUGACCAAAGCUCCUGUCAGGAUGAGUGUAGUGAGGACGGCACUCUUGCUGAAGAGCCGAUCGCUCCAGACAGCUCAGCGUUGUCCUCAACACCUAACAUCUGUAAACAGCCCUGUAUUCUAAUCAUGGACUCGUUACGUGGCCCCACCCGAUCUUCCGUGGUUAAAACAUUACGAGAGUACCUGGAGGUGGAAUGGGAGGUGAAGAAAGGGAACAAGCGUGGCUUCGGUAAAGACCAGAUGAAGGGCUCAAGCCCCCGCGUGCCUCAGCAGGACAAUUUCAGCGACUGUGGGGUUUACAUCCUGCAGUAUGUGGAGAGCUUUUUUGAGAAUCCACUUCCCAGCUUUCAUCUACCCAUGAACCUGGCAGAUUGGUUCCCACAGCAACGGAUGAAGACAAAACGCGAGGAGAUCAAGGAGCUCAUCCUAAAGAUCCAAACCCAGCAGGAGACGGAUAAGAAGGAGGCGGGCCAAGGCUCAGCCAAAGGUUCCCCCGGAGGACAGGAGGUGGGCGAGGAGGACUCGGCGGAAGGUGUAGAGAUACAGAUUCAGAACCUGCCUGUUAGCACCUGAGGCGCCCCCGGUCCAACGCUGCUACCGACAAACGCUCUUCUACUUUGACACAACGGUCCUUCCUGUCGGGCGGGGCUCCCCACAGCCUGGCCUGGGUGGAGGUCUCUCUGCCUGCCUGCCGGGCUCGAGCCUGAUUGUACGCUGCUGGAUUACUCCCCCACUAUUCUUUAUUAACUCUCCUAUUCCUUUCAUUUACGAAAAAAACACCGGAAAACAUUUUAAAUUUGUAUUGAAUAAAACAUGUACAUAUGCUGGAG